UAUUUGGUGUUACCAAAGCCUUAGCAAUAGUAUACCCCAAAAGAGAAGAGAGAAGAGAGUGGGAGAAGAAGCGAGAGGAGGAAGAAGAGCGAGAUGGCAUCGGUUGUGAAGAACGUACUGAAAUCAGUCAGAGAAAAGGGUUUCGGCGCUUUCCUCAGAGAGCUCAAGGAAGAAGGAUACCUGAGAUGCCUUCCGGAUGGAAAUCUCUUGCAGACCAAGAUCCACAAUAUUGGGGCAACUCUUGUCGGUGUUGAUAAAAUUGGGAACAAGUAUUAUGAGAAGCUAGGGGACACACAGUAUGGAAGACACAGGUGGGUUGAAUAUGCAGAGAAGAGUAGAUAUAAUGCCUCCCAGGUUCCACCUGAAUGGCAUGGCUGGCUCCACUUCAUAACUGAUCACACAGGAGAUGAGCUUCUUUUGCUGAAACCGAAAAGGUAUGGUGUUGAACACAAAGAAAACUUGUCUGGAGAAGGUGAACAGUAUAUCUAUCAUUCCAAAGGACAUGCACUUAAUCCAGGGCAGAGAAACUGGACCAGGUACCAACCAUGGGAGUCCAAGGCCUGAACCAUGAAUAUGGGACAGCUGAAUUGCAGUUGUUCUGGAUGUUUGUUUUUUAAUCCUGAAAAAUUGUUUUGCCUUCAUUUCAUGGGGUGGAAGGCAGAUUUUUUUUUAAUCCUUUUAAUAAGAAAACGAAUUAUUAGCUGUGAAAACAGAUAAAUUCACUUUGAACUUUAAAUCGUCUAAAAUAUAAUGUCAUCAGUUAUCACUCUAUGUA